AUGAAAGAAAGGCUUCCCAUCCCACAUUGCUACAAGGAUGAGAAUUUAGCAAUUAUGGAAUGGAUUGAAGAAGAGAAAUUCGGAAAAAGGGACAAUGCUAAUGAUACAUGUGAAGAUGAUGUGGACUCGGUUAGGUCGGAUGAUGUGUCAGUGGACCAUGAAGAUGAUGAUGCAUUUACUGAAAUUCCAAAAUCUGUUGAUCCUUAUUUGUCCCACAAAAAGUUUAUUUUAGGAGGGGUAGAGGAUGAAGCUGAUGAUGAGGUGGUACAAUUUCUUAUUCAUGAUCCCAAUUAG